CUUAGGGUAAAUCACAAAGCAGAAAACGUACUACUUUUAAAAAUCUCUACAACUCCUUUUUCCAGGACGUGUGGAUGAUUUUAGGUGAGGGGACUGACAAGGUUGAAGGGUCAAGUGGUCCACCGUUCUAUCAAUAAGGCUAAACUAGAAGAUGGUGCUUACACUAAUACAAACAUUAUUUUUUGCAGAAUGAGUGUGUUAGGAGAAAAGGAUUCCGCCAUUAUUAAACAGCUGGAUGCUGGAUUGAAAUGCAGCUGGAACUGGUCGUGGCUUAAACUGGAAGGCAAGGUCUCAGUAAAAGAGCAAGAGGUGUCCUUUCAUCUAGGAGAUGUAUUCAUCAAAAUCAACAGGCAGGGAUUCGCCAGAUGCAUUCUCUGCCACAAAGAGAUCAAUUAUGCUAACAAAGGCAGCCAUGCUCUGCAGGCUCACUGCCAGACGAACGUUCACAAGAAGAAGGUGGAGAUGAUAGCUUCCACUCAUAGUGUUGCCAGCAGCUUCCUUCCAGCAUCAGCUCGGGUGAAUCCAGCAAGCCAGAGUCAAGCCAACCAGGGGUUAGAAACAAUCAGGCAGCAGUGCCAGGGAAAGAUCCCCGUACCAGUCAUAAACCGCAUAGCAAAUGCAGAGGUAGGUGGAGUAGGCCUGUUACUCAGCACAGGCAGCUUAGACAGAGUACACUAGCACUUUGAGAUUGUUAUUUUUAUUGUAUCACAAUCAGCUCCCGUCACUGGCAGCAUCAACACCUAAACAUGGAAUACACUAGCUUUACAUUAAUUACAUCAUUUGUGUUCUAGGCAAUGGUCCUUGGAACCUUGGCGGAGCAUUCCAUCUCGUUUUCUAUGGCUCCUGUAAUUGUUGAGCUUGCCCAGACCCUUUCCUUGGAUAAACCAGCUUUGCAGGGAAUGAAGCUGUCGAGGACAACAGCUUCAUACAAGAUGAUCCAUGGUCUAGGUAUUUAAAUUUUCUUUCUUACCUACUAUUUCAGUGUUUUAAUUUACAUUUUAGUGAACUGCACACAUAAAACAUGUUCCUUAAACUACCAUGUUGCUAUAUAUACUGCUAUGUUGCCAGAAUUACCUGUUGUAUGAUUUAUAUUGUACCAAUUAGAUUAUGCAUGUGAUGUGACAAAAUCUCUCCGACUUUUUGCAGGGCGGACCUACUCUGAGAGGACCUUUUCCAACCUGAAGAUGUUUCCCUUUUCGUUAAAUUUAGACGAGUACCUCCAACAACAACAAAAAGGUUUGUCUCAUAUUAAGCUAUUGCCAUCACAGUCCUUCUGUUUUUGCUUCAGUGUAUGCCCUGUAAAAUGUUGCAUGGCUAAUAAACCUUUUUAUGUUGAAGAUCCUCUCCAUGCUCGUUUGCUACUACCAUGCAGACUUGAGGAAGGUGAUAGUAGAGCAUUUGGGGUCCUUGGAGAUCGUGAAGGUGAAUGCUGCUUCUUUAGAGAAGGUGCUCUGUGAGUUCUUUGAGAAAAACCACAUCCCGUGGAAUAACCUUGUGAGUAUGCUGAUGGACUUGUGUGCUGUGAUGAGGGGCAGCAAGACCGGCCUCGAGAUCAGGAUGCACCAAUACUGUCCCCACCUGCUCGAUGUUGAUGGGGACUCCUGUCAUCACAUACACAAUGCGGCAAAGAAGUUCUCAGAGCCCUUUGACGGCUACUUGGAGAAGCUGUUCAGUGAUCUCCAGGUUGACCAUCAGUGGAGUCCAGACCAGGUGAUGUACCUCAAGGAGAUAGCUAUGUUUCUAAAUCUCCCCGCCUCCAGCCCACAAAGGGGCUUUGUUCCUCAUCGCUGGCUGUCUGCAUACGAUGCCAGCAUGGCAACCCAUGCCAUGAUGCCUGCGUACAUAGUCCUCUAUUAUGGCUUCCUCUCCACUGCCGAUAAGGAGCUGUAUAGGGAGCCUUUGGAGCUGAUGUACACCAAGUACCACGUCAACCAGGCGGCAAGAGCCCGUAUCAAGGUGGUUCAGGAGGAACUCAACAGGAAAGGCAUGACUCCACAAGGCCGUGAGAGAAAAAAGAGGGUAUGUCAGAAGCUGUGGCAUGAGGAGACGACAACAGUCUUACGGCUCAGCAUCUACAAGGGUUUGCUGACUAUUCUCAAGGAGUAUGUCAUGGUUUUCCAGAGUAGCCAGACAUUGGUUCACAAACUUCACGAUCGGCAGCUUGAGCUGUUCCUGGCCUUCAUGGCUUGCUUUGUGAAGGCCGAACACAUUACUCAGCUGUCUCCCAGUGCUCUGAGGGAGAUGGUCCUGGAGGAUCAUAUGCUGCUGCCCUCCAAGGAGGUCUAUGUGGGACAGGAGGCUGACAUGUUCAGGAGCCAGAAUCCCAAUCAUGCUCUGUUGGUGCCAUUCCGAGCAGACGUCAGGAAAGCCUACAUCACCACUGCAGCAUACCUCCAGAAGAAGCUCCCCUUGGCCAGUCCGACUCUUACAGCCCUGUCUGCUCUGGACCCUCUUCGGAGAGGCCACUCACAGGCAACCAUCCAGUUGAAGAGGCUGAGUGGUAUGCUGCGGCACCUAUUGCCAGCAGACCAGGACAUCCAGAGAGAACUUGUGCAGUUCAAUGUUGACCUGACCAUCCCCAGUUUCAAGGAGGGAGAGUGCAUUGUUGAGUGGUGGGGUCAUGUCUUUGACAAGCCAGAUAAGUACCCCUCCCUGAGUGCGAUGGUUAAAUGUUGCCUCUCCAUCUUUCACGGACCCAGGGUUGAGUCUUCUUUUAGUUGGAUGAAUGAUGCAAUUGACCAAAGGAGUGGCAACAUGAAUGUACCAACAUUUAAUGCAAUCCAGACGGUCAAGUACACCCUGCAGUCCAGGGGGAAGACAGCCAUGCAGCUCUACAGAAUGGAGGAUGUGAAGUUCGGGGAGGUGGACAGAACACUAUGCAAGAACAUCAACUCUGCAGCAGCCACAUACAAACGCCAGCAGAAGAUGAAUCAGGAAGAAAAGCAGCAACAACAGAGCAAGUAUGGCUCCCAAGCAUCUGGCAGUGCUCAGCAGGCCAAGAAACAGUCUGCUGAAGAAGAGAAAAGGGCGAGGCUGAGACAUGUGGCCAAACAGCGAAAGCGGGCCUUGGAGACACUGGUGGUCCAGGCAAAGAAGAAAAAAUGA